AUUUAGUAAACUUUUGGUUGUUACAUGGGCAAUUUUUCUCAUAAUUUUGUCAAGAAGAAAGUUUGGGAGCAUCUAUCUUCUCGAUGUAAGACUAACACAUUUGUUUCUCCAAGUUUUAAGCUUAAAAGCGUGCUUCCAUUGAGAACCAUGUUUCCAGGGAUGGAUUUGACUAAGAUGGACCCAGGGACUCUUACGCUUUUGGGCGCAGCUUGUGGCGUGAUGUUGACCAUGCAUUUUACAGUUCAGCUGCUAUCGCAACAUCUUUUCUUUUGGAAGAAUCCAAAAGAACAGAAGGCGAUAAUCAUCAUAAUACUCAUGGCUCCGCUGUAUGCUAUUGAUUCCUUCGUUGGUUUGCUUGAUAUACAGGGGAGCAAGGCCUUCUUCACAUUCUUGGACUCUGUUAAGGAGUGCUAUGAGGCAUUGGUUAUUGCCAAAUUCUUGGCUUUGAUGUACAGUUACCUUAACAUCUCACUAAGCAAAAACAUAGUGCCUGAUGAAAUCAAAGGAAGGGAGAUACAUCACUCAUUUCCUGUUUCUCUUUUCCUGCCGCUCGUGGAAGAAGAGUCCCAUAGAGCUACUAUAAGUGAUGUGCCCAUUCCUAGGGGUCUCCGCUCCGCUAAUCACAAUCGUGUUGAUCCAGCUCAAACCAUUGUGACUGUUGGAGUACAAUAUCUCAAUAUGGCGACUCUCAUGGAG